CAUUCACUAUUUUUAUUCCACUGGAUACAGCAAUUGCGAAAACGGUUUUUCGAGAGGAACACACUCAGAAUAUCCCGAUAUAAUGAUGAACACGUUUGAGAACACCUUUAUCCGGGGACCCUCGCCGUCCUAUUCCGACGAUGCUAACUCGGAGAACGCGCUGUCCGUUACUCUUCCCAUCGGGGCAACAAUUCCGGAUUUGGAUUUCUGUCGCGACGACUCCAAGACGGAUACAGGCGACUACUUUGACGAGAAGUACAACAGCGACAGCUGCUCUCGCCUGCAUCCCGGCCACCAGGGGCGCAACACCUUCGCCUUCUGGACCAUCGUGGUUCUCCUCUUGGUCCUGACCGUGGGCAAUUUGAUCCUGACACUCACUAUUGUGGGUGUUCUUCGCCUGGGAAAAGGCGUCCAGGGAAUGGAGGUGAUUCCCGAGGUUGAUGUGGUCAAGUUCUACGGCUCCACGGACUUGGAGCGGGUGCAGACCAACUCGAUCGGCCAGAUCCAUGGCUUCUCAGACGUCCCGGUGACCAUCAGCAGUGAUGCCGGCGAGGGGGAAGGCGGCGUCAACGUGCGGGUGUUUCGAAAUGGCAAUGGAGCCACGAACGAACGCGAUAGGAUUGUCUUGAACAGAGAGGGCAUCCUUGUCCAGGCCACAAAUCUGUUUGAGGUCAAGGACCCGAUCGAUAAGCAACCCAUUUUCACCACCCACCGUCCGCAGUAUAACAUUCCGGGCGGAGUGGAGGCGUUACAGGCCAAGGUGUUGAGUGCCAGCGGCAUCGCGAGUCCCAUUGACGAGUCCCUUGUCCUGGAGAGCGACGGACGCAUGGCCAUCAGGGGCUCCGAGGGCGUCUACUUCGACGGAGCCAGCGUUGAUUUUCAGGCCGAGCACCACGUCUUGAUAAACUCCACACAGGGCGCCACCAUCUUGGAGGCCGGGACGGGCAUCUUCCUGGACAUGGAGCGCAUCCCCAUCGUCAGCUCAGAGCUGGGACUUCGCACGGGCAGUGUCCAGUACAAGAUCUGUGUGUGCAUGCCACAUGGAACACUCUUCCGGAUCGCCAUUCCCAGGGUGCACAACGGUCCCAAGAUCACGUGCGCCCACUUCAGCGGCAAAGACGAUCCCUGCGAGGUCAACUAAGGCGUCCUGCCAGAAAUAAAGAGAAUCGGUCCGAGUAUCGUAUCCCUAAAACAAA